AUGCCCAGGUUCACCAUCGAGAUUGACGUUUACUCGGAUCUCGUCUGCCCCUGGUGCUACCUUGGAAAGGAAGCUCUCGACAAGGCCAUAGCCAUUUACAAAGCCCAGCAUCCCGAGGCCGACUUCAAGCUGAUCUGGAAGCCGUAUCUACUUUGGCCCAACGUCGGCGUGUCUGCCUACGAGCGAGGAGCCGGACUCCGGGCCAUUUAUGGACCCAACACUCCAGCCGUGCUCGACCGCCUGGCCCGCUUCGGCGCGCAGUACGGCAUCGAAUUCAGAUGGGAUGGCAAGUCGGGAAACUCGCGGGACGCGCACAAGCUGGUCCUGCUGGCAAUGGAACGCGACGCCGCCGCGGCAAACGCCACACCCUCCUCCCCAACAGCCACGCCUGCACCCGACCACCAUCACCGCCCACCACCACCAUCCUCCCCCACUGAACCCCCUAAUCAACCACCCUCGACGACGACGACGAAGACAACGACAACGCCCGCCGCCGUCCCCCUUCUCCCACCGCACACCUCAACCCAUCAACACCGCACCCUGACCCACCUCUUCACCGCCUCCUUCCAACAUGGCGCCGACCUCUCCUCGCGCGCCUUCCUCGCCCGCGCAGCGGUCGAACCCCUAAACCUCUUCUUGACCGAAGCCGACGCGCUGGCCUAUCUCGCGCGCGACGACACGCCCGCCGCGCGCGCCGUCGACGCCUCGUCCGCGUCGGCCGCGGCGCGGCUGCGCGUCGGGGUGGGAGCGGUGCCGAGCUAUGUCGUGCAGAGCAGGUGGCAGGUGGGCGGGAUGCAGGGGGAGGACAUCUGGAUGGGUGUUUUUGAGAGAGUGCGGAGGGCUUCUGCUGCUACUAGUGGGCUUAAUGGUAGUGGCAAUGGCGGUGAUGAUGCUUUCCUGCCCGAAAUCGACCACUUCGCCCUCAAAAACAACCCAGAUCAAUGUCUAGCAACCUCCAACGCCUGA